AUGGGACCCACCCUGGCGGUUCCCACCCCAUAUGGCUGUAUUGGUUGCAAAUUGCCUCAUCCAGACUACCCUCCAGCGCUGGUCACCUUUAUGUUUUGUGCGAUGGUCAUCACCAUCGUGGUAGACCUGAUCGGCAAUUCCAUGGUCAUCUUGGCUGUGUCAAAGAACAAGAAGCUCCGCAAUCCUGGCAACAUCUUCGUGGUCAGCCUCUCAGUGGCAGACAUGCUAGUGGCUAUCUAUCCCUACCCUCUGAUGCUGCAUGCCAUGGCCAUUGGGGGCUGGAAUCUGAGCCAGCUCCAGUGCCAGAUUGUUGGCUUCAUCACAGGACUGAGUGUGGUUGGCUCCAUCUUCAACAUCAUGGCCAUUGCUAUCAACCGCUACUGCUACAUCUGUCACAGCCUCCAGUACGAACGGCUCUUCAGCGUGCGCAACACCUGCAUCUACCUGGUGGUCACCUGGAUCAUGACCGUCCUGGCCGUCCUGCCCAACAUGUACAUUGGCACCAUUGAAUAUGACCCUCGAACCUACACCUGCAUCUUCAACUACCUGAACAACCCCGUGUUCGCUGUGACCAUUGUCUGCAUACACUUCGUCCUUCCACUGCUUGUAGUGGGCUUCUGCUACAUCCGGAUCUGGUCCAAAGUGCUGGCGGCCCGGGCUGCAGCUGGACAGAACCCUGACAACCAGCUGGCUGAGGUUCGAAAUUUCCUAACCAUGUUUGUCAUUUUCCUCCUCUUUGCAGUAUGCUGGUGCCCUAUCAACGUGCUCACUGUCCUAGUGGCUGUCAGCCCCAAGGGGAUGGUAAACAAGAUCCCCAACUGGCUGUAUCUUGCUGCCUACUUCAUAGCCUACUUCAACAGCUGCCUCAACGCUGUGAUCUAUGGGCUCCUCAAUGAGAAUUUCCGAAGAGAGUAUUGGAUCAUCUUCCAUGCAAUGCGGCACCCUAUCCUCUUCCUCUCUGGCCUCAUCACUGACAUCCGUGAGAUGCGGGAAGCCCGUGCCCUAGCCCGUGCCCGCGCUCGUGCCCGUGACCAAGCUCGUGAGCAAGCCUGUCCUGCUGUGGACGAAUCACCAGUGAGUGUCCGGAAUGUUCCACUUCCUGGUGAUGCUGUAGCUGGCCAGCUUGAACAUGCUACUGGUCACCCCAAGCUGGCCUCUAGGCAUCCCAAGUCUGCACUGGGCCACAAGUCUGCCUCUGGUCACUCCAAGUCUGCCACGGGUCACCCCAAAUCUGCCACUGUCUACCCUAAGCCUCCCUCUGUUCACUUCAAGGCUGACUCUGUCCAUUUCAAGUCUGCUUCCAGCCACCCAAAGCCUAUCACCGGCCACCACUUCCCCUCCACCAGCCACUCCAAACCCACCAGCAAGCCUGCUACCAGCUCCCCUGAGCCCACCACUACGAGCCACCUUGAGGUCACCACUCCCUGCCACCCUGAAACCACCACUGCCACCGACCACCUGCAGUCAGACAUCAGUGAGCCUGCCUCCAGCUCUGCCACUGGGUCCCCGGAACCUGUGGUUAUUGAUAUGGAAGCUGAUUCUGAUGAAGUGACAGUGUGA